GUUGAGUAUAUAUAUAUUUUAAACAAACCACAUAUCAAAAUGAGUGGAUCAAUUGAAGCAGAUAAGUAUCUGCUUGAUUGUGAUACAUAUGCAGACUACUUGGAUCUUUUUAGCACACUCCAGGAUUAUCACUACUUACGCCACUCUCACAUACGUCACCAAAUAGUUACUUUAGGGCAUCGCGUCAGUAAGGUUUUAACUCCGCAAGAAUUUGAGGAUCGUAAACAAUACGUUAGUCUUACUUUAUAUCCCAUACAGAAGACAUGGAAAUUAUUUAGUUUAAAAAUACCUAUUUCGGAUCCUUUUUUAAAGGCGAUGGCGCUACGUGAAAGACCUAAUGCUCAAAAUAUGUUAUCGACUAUAAUCUGGCUUGAAUAUCAACGGGCAAAUGGUCAGGAAAUUAGUGGCUAUAUUGAUUUCAAACAAAGUCUCACCGAUGCUAAUAAUAAUGAGCGUAAUCACCUUGACUGGUUUGCUAUCUUUAAAGGUGAGAAAAUGCUGCGUCCGAGAAAAACUGAUCUAAGCUAUUCCAAUUGGCAAAAACAUUUCAUCAUUCAUAAUGACUCUAAAAAUUAUAAAAUUAUGCACGAUGGAGAAUUGGGUGUGCUUUUUAUGCAUAAAGGUGAUCACAAGACAAUAUGUGUGGAUAUCAAUCAACCACUUCAUAAGGAAAAUUGUUAUCGGGAAAUGGUCUAUUCACGUAAAUAUGGAUACGUUACUUUCUAUGAUCAUAUCGUCCGUAGGAAGUUUUAAAAUUGCAUUUUGUAAACUUAAAUUUUAUAAGUAUUUAAUAAAUUUUUAUUUUACUUGUGGCUAACAAUGAAUUUAUAAUAUACAUUUCCUCUGAUUAUGAGUUAAGAUUACAUUUAGGCUAAAGUCCUUCUAACUAAAACAUAAUAAAAAUA